AUGUCGGCCGCCCUCCUUCGCACCACACCCGCCCUGCGCGCCGGUCUCCGGGCCUCCGCCAGGCCCAUGGCUGCCAUGACGUUUGCCCGCGGCAAAGCCACGCUGCCCGACCUCCCCUACGACUAUGCCGCCCUUGAGCCCUACAUCUCGGGUCAGAUUAUGGAGCUGCACCACGCCAAGCACCAUCAGACGUACGUCAACAGCUUCAAUGCUGCUUGCGAGGCUCUCGACGAGGCCCAGAGCAAGAACGACACCAAAGCGGCCGCUGCGCAGGCGCCGCUCCUCAACUUUCAUGGCGGCGGUCAUGUCAACCACUCCCUCUUCUGGGAAAACCUUGCGCCAAACGGCAAGGGUGGCGGCGGCGAGCCCAACGGCAAGCUCCUUGCUGCCAUCAAGGAAGACUUUGGCUCCUUCGAUCACCUCAAGAAGCAGACCAACGCCGCUCUCGCCGGGAUACAAGGCUCCGGCUGGGCCUGGCUUGUCAAGGACAAAACGACGGGCACCCUCGGCCUCGUCACGCGUGCCAACCAGGACCCUGUCACCGGCAACCUCGAGCCCCUGCUCGGUAUUGACGCUUGGGAGCACGCGUACUACCUGCAGUACCAGAACCGCAAGGCCGAGUACUUUGGUGCCAUCUGGGAGGUCAUCAAUUGGGGCACCGUUGCCAAGCGGUUUGAGAAAUAG